GGCAGGCGUCAGCUCCGGAUGACACAUUUGCAGACGGUCCCUAACAGGGCUGCUCCAGAGCGCAGGACCGCCCGGACCGCCCAGACCGUCCGGACCGCUCCAUGCUGACCAACACCGCAGCUCUGUUUGUUAUCCCAGAGGACUUCCUUACCCAGCAUGCUGUGCAGCAAACAACCAUCAGGGGGUGUCACAGAAACACAGAGGUGUGAAGGACCAGGACGCCACCCGAUGAACAGUUUCACUAAUCGACAGACAAAUCGUUCUGCUGAAAAGGAUGUGACUAGGACUCUCCUGAAGACGGUAUUCUAGAUGGAGGAGGAGACAGGAAACACUCAAAGUUCCUCUGGUUUAAAAUCUGGAGAAACAGCGACUGUUUCCAGGAAAAGAGCUCUGAGAAGAACAGAGCAACAAGGAGCUGAAAACUCCCCAAAGAAGGUCCAAAAUAAGAAGAAGAAAAGACGAAAGCAAAGAAAGAAAAAGAACGUCUCUAAUGAAAAAGUGGAUGGAGAUAGAAAAGAUGAAAGCAGAGAAACAGACCUAAUAGAGGAUGUGGGGGGGACAUCCAGCCAAAGAGAGAGUUCUUCCUCACAAACACAGACUGUGGGUGUCCAACUUGAAGACGGGAUACAAAAAGAGAAGAGCAAGAACCGUGCUCUGAGGGUGGAAGCUGAGACUCAAACAACAAGGUUUCAUGGCAAAAACAAAUAUACUCAGACUUUAGUUUCAUCUCAGAAGAACCAGGAAACACAGACAGACUGGACCGAACCAAAACAAGAGGAUGCAGGCCAGGACAGGCCUCAAGCUGCCUCAGAGAGUCUGGCUAAGACAAGGCUGAGAGAAGAGACGCCUAAACAUCCACCUGAAACUUCACUGCAGCAAACACAAAAUCCAGACAAAGAUGGAUGCUCGUCAAAAUCAAAACCUGAGGAAACGAACGUUCUUCCUGCUAAAGGCUCAGACCACUCAGGAGCAUCUCAAACAGAAAAACAAACCAAACCAAAGUCAUAUGCCAAAGCAGUUUCAUCAGAAGAUGUAGGGAAGAAGGAGACCAGAGCAGUGAGCGAUCAAAGCCAGCGUGAUGGAAGUCUGGUGAGAGCUCCUCCUGGUGGCCCCGUCUUCAGUCUUCACAUCUACGCUGUGCUGGACAAAAGGUUCCGGUUCUACAAGGAUCACGACACCCUUGAACUGUGCUUUGAUGGAGGAUCUUUACCCCUUCAAAUAACACGCUUUGUUGGGCUGAAGCAGGAAGGCUAUCUGCUUGAAGCAACUCUCUCAAUAGAAGAAAACACCUUGUCAAGAGGUGCGAUGUUGACCUAUUGGUAUGGUGUAAAGCAGAGGCAAAAGUACAUUACCUCAAGUGCUAAAAGAGUUCAACCAAUUCCAGUCAACCCAACUGUUAAAGAGCUACACCUCUAUGAGGGCUUCAUCUGUCGUCAUGAUGGGAACUUCUUCAAUGCUGGCCUAAAAGCGCUUGGCCUGAGAAAACCAUUAGGUGUGGAGCUUUCAGAUGCCUGGCAUAGAUCAGCAGAACUUCUGCUGGGAAGAAUCUUUGAGAACUGGACUCCGACAGACAAACAUAGCACAGAAAGUCUGUGCAACAGCUUAAAUACUUGUUCCUACAACCUGACAUCAGCUCAACAGAGGAUACGUUACCCGGAUGGUUCUAAUCCUCCUGCAAUCAAGGCGUCAAAGCUGGUUUCAGAAGGAUUCAUCCAGAUCUUGAAAGGAAAAUCAAAAGAGGGACUCUCACAGAACUACAGGAACACCAAUGCCCUGGUUCUGGGCCUGUCUGUUUUCAUGGUCACCAGAAAGUGCAGCAUUGACCUUGGAGUUCAAGGAUUGGCUGAACUCUGCCAGCUAGUGACCUCAGGCUCUGCCAUGGAGAGGAAAAACCUGGAGGAGUUGAAUGGUCUCUCCAGUGCUCCACAACACACCGUGCUAGGUCUGAUGAACCACUGUGCUCAGUUGUUGGUGGUGGAAGUCGUGCUGCUCCUUCCUCUGCUUUUCAAGCUCAGACAUCCAGGAGCUGAUGCCCACAAAGUGGGUCCAGCUGUUGAAGAGGCUGACUGGUCAGGACUUACUCACUUCAGAUUCAUGCCGUUUAGAGAAAAAGUGCAGUCACACCCUGACAAACGAAGGAGGAUGCUCAGUUUGAUGCGGAAACAUUUGUCCUUGGUUUCAGAGAUGCCUCUGCUUCAGUUGGGCUGGUUGUCUUUGCUGGCGUUUGAGGAUGUUCCUGAAUUUUCAGACUUAACAGGAGUUUCCUCUGAACACCUAAUCCAGAGUCUCUUUUAUAGGGUGCACAAAUCUGCACAUGAAAGGAAUCCCCAGACAGAUGAGGAUACUGCAAAGCAUGCUGACAAAUCCCUGACCCACAUACUAACAAAAGUGGACCAGGAGCGGGGCAGGCUAAAUAAGUCUGGAAACAGUGAGUCGGCACUCAGGAGCAGCAUCAGUGUUCUCAGAAACUUGUGUGAGAUUGUGCGAGUCGUCCCUCAGUACCGGACGGUGCUUCAGUCUUUCCAGCUGGUUUUGAAAUUAGCUGAAAUUCUAGAAGUUAAGCUGGGAGAAGAGUCCAAAGAGGACGAGGAGACUAUCAGGCAGAAGCUCCUGGACAGGAUACUUCCUGUGCAGCAGCUGAUCAGGGAGUGGAGAGAUAAACUGCUGUGGAAACCUCUUCUGACUGCAAGGGCACUGUCGUACCCUAAAGAAGUCCAGAUGUGGGAUGAACUGCUCAGAGUGGAAAGCUCUUCUGUGAACUUUUUAACCCUUUGGAGUCGGAACCUGGAGAAAGACCUGAGGAAGAGGAUUUCUGAGCUCGCUGAGGAGGACAGAGUGCUGCUGUGCAGCCUGGAGUCAACACAGUGUAUGAUCAGGAAGAGUCACCGUGUUGUGCAGAGCUGCUUUGAGGAGCUGGCCUCCUCUGCCAUCCAGAGCAUCUGUCAGAGAGGACAGGAAGGAGAUCUGCUGAGAAAUCUCUGCUCAAAGGUGAAAAGUCCUCCGACUACCAUCCUGUCUGCCAUCAUUGUUGAAUCUUCAUCGCGGUUCAGAGACCAAAUGGUGGCCAAGCUGCUGGACCCACAGUCAGCCAUGAACUUCCUGCUGUCUAACUGGGAGUGGAGGUCUCUGCAGGUAGAUGACACAGCUGGACUGGUGGUGCACAGCUGCGUGGAGGCUGUGACGGCUCUGCUGGUGUCUCUUCUUCAAGGAAACGUGACCCUGGGACACUUGCAAACCUGUCUGAAGCACCGAGAGCAGCUAAAGAAACUUUACCAGCAGUACAAGAAAAACCCACAUUCUGAAAGGGUUCCUGUGGAUGUGGAGAGUGUUUUGGCCCAGAGAGAGUUGGAUCUGAACACCUUCAUGCAGCAGAGGCACUACAUGGAUACACUGAUUAAAAUGAUGGCUAAGAUAAAGGAAAGCAUUAGAGCCCCUGAGAUGACACCUAUUGAGAGAAAACACACAGCAGACCUCACCAGCGUGAGCCUGAGCAAGCUGGUGUUCGUUCAGGCCUUUGAUGCAGAUGGAAGCCCAAAGAUGCUUCCUCCCACAGUGCUGUGGUACAACCCAAGCCUGAAUGUCUUAAAGAUGGCCAGUCAGAUGCACAAGCUAACAAACAGCAACCUCAUUCUGUCCUCCUGGGUCAAACGAUCAGCACAUGUAGCAUCAGAACAGCGUCCAGCCACAGCUCCGGUUCAGAUGAACCUAGUACGUGUCUGUGAGGACAUCUGGAGCCCUCUGCUGACAGAGUUCCUCCACCUGGGAGUCAGGAUCUCACAAGCUGACAUCUCUUUUAAGCUGCUCGAUCAAGUUUUGGUCGACUCUGGGGACCAAGGUGACGGGGGGCUUCUGAACACGGAGCUGAAUUUGAUGUCAGAGGCGAUGUCUGCAGCUGGAGGCAUCAAUUCUGAGGAGGGCUGGGUGGAGCUGAGGCUGAGGCAGAUCCAGGAGUAUCGCAAGCUACUUGAAGCAGCAGCUGCAGCCAGCACCAUUCUGAGGAUUGCAGAGAAAAUGAAGCUUUCUGGAAGCUUCUCUGCAAUUGAGACCCUCAGCCAAAUGGAAGAAGCUUCUUUUAAACAGAGGCUUCUAAGGUCCCUUACUGAUGAGCUGCUCUGUGCUGGGCAGCAGCUCUCCUUGGUCUCCAAGCAUCACACGUCCUGUCUGGAGGAGUUUCUGAGGAGCCAUACUCUGAUCCGCUGGGUGCAAGAGAACCUCAGAAAUAUGAGUGAUUUGAAGGUCUAUGUAGAUCUUGCUUCCAUUUCUGCCGGAGAGAAUGACCGUGAAAUUGACCAGGUGGCCUGCUUCCACGAUGCUGUGAUGGGCUAUGCGCCUUUGCUCUACUCGCUCUCCCCUCAAGCUGGUUUUGAGAACUUCAUGAAGUGUGCUCAGCUGGUGUGGGAUGCCCACUGCAGGGACGAAAAGCUUCCUGACAAACUGAGAGAGUCGGCUCGUUUGCUUAACUGGCUGAAAACCCUGAAAGAGACUCAUGGCUCUGUGGAGCAGUCCUCACUCUCGCUUGCUUCUUCCAUCAAUGAGCAUGGAAUUUAUUACAUCGGACGAUCUGAAAGAAACACAGAAAAGAGAUGCCUUCAGAACAUGGUGCAGGUGAUGGUGAAAAGGGGUAGAGAGGAAAAGAGCUACAAGCAUGAGGACCUGCUGGAGCUCCAGAACAAGCUCAUGCUCAUGUCUUCCAAAGGAGAACAUGGAAGAGAACAAGUUACCAGGUUUACUGAGGUCUUUGAAGGAGUUCAAAGAGUAGGAAGCAUCUUUCUGCAAAUGCAAACAUCUGGUAACAUGCUGUUCUGGGACUGGCAUGCCCUGGUCUACUGCGCCGCACAGCAGCAGCCUUGCAUCAAGAUCACCUUCUCAUCCCUGGGGGGUCAGCAGAUGCAGUACCAUGGUGAGGUGACACAGCAGCUGCAGCAGCUGGCUGAAAUGAUGGACUUCUGCCACAAAGAAUGGCAAGUCUUCAUCAGUGAGAUGCGCUCAAGCUUUAGCGUACUGAACUACUACACCACAGAGCAAAUGGUGUACCUGUGUCGGUGGAUUCACAGGGUUUGUCUGACACAAGCAUCAGCUCCACAACAGCUGUGGAAUUUACUUGUUCCUAUAAAGUCUCUGUGCACACUGAAUGACAUCCGAGCCGCUUAUUCCAGUGCUGUAAGUUUGGCCACAAUGUGCAAUGAACUGCAGGAGGUAUCUGACCAUGAAGAGCAGGACUGUAAACCAUCUGAGAGGGGCAUCGAGGAAGAUCUUGAUUUAAUGGAGUUUUCUUCAGACGAUGAAGAGGCUGAGAAAUGGGAUGUUGUCCACACAGAUAUGAUCAGGGGCAAAAACCAAUGGGAGCAAUUACUGAGAGACAUGUCAAAAUACCUGAGUGACAGCUUGGACAUAAAGACUCUAGCCCGCGUCCUAUCAUGCCUUUCUGAAUCAAAUCAGCUCCACAUGAUCAGAAAUCUUCCCAAACAAAUCCAGGAAGGGAAGCCGAAUCUUGUGCUUUGUCCAAACGCAGAAGUUUUUACCACCACGCUGUCGUUUUACAUGGAGAGUCCAGAGCAGCCGCUGCCAUCUGCUGAUGAGGUUUUGGUGUGCAGAGAGGAAACCACUCCAGAAGAAGUGGAGGUCUUUCUUCGUCGAGUCUUUAACCAAGCCUCCAGCCAUAACUGGCAGAAGAUCUACACCCUGGUUAAUCCUGGGCUGCUGGGAUAUGAUGUCAGUGAAGCCUUGGUGGAGACAUAUGAGGGUCUUGAGAGGAGUGCCAGCUCGCGUUUUCGAUUGGUAAUUGUCAGUCCUGUAGCUCACCAACACAGAUGUGUGCCAUCCUACUUUAGCAACAACAAAAUUCAGGCAGGUGAGAGUAUAAGAGAAGACGUUGCCAAGAAGUAUCUCUGUCACCACUUCAGACCAAACAUGUUGAACCCAGUUGCAUCAAUCUCCCCGGAUCAGCUCUCCGUCUGGAUGGUUUCAUCUGUGCGGCCUGCAGUCGGUAAAUCCCUUUUUGUGGAUCAUUUGUUUGAAAAGUUCCAACAGAAACAUCCAAGAGCAAAACAUAUCAAGAUCCGACUGAUCAAGCCGUGUGUGGACAUGGAUUCUCUGAUUAAGAGACUUACAGAGACACUCUGUCCUUUGAGAGAGCAGGACCCCGUUCUCCUUCACUUAGACACGGCUGGAGUCCGCACUGGUCUAGAGGAACUCCUCUUUCGUUUAUUGGUUCUGGGGUGUGUAAGUGACAGCCAUGGAACUUUAUGGAGAAGAAAUGAAGCUCACCUGAUAACUGUGGAGGUCCUGAAACCAAACGUGUCUCCUCAAAACCAACCUAGAGAGGUAAACCUUGCACUUUUUGACAUUCUGCCCACCAUUCAUUGUAGACCACCAAAAGAGGUGAGGCACAUUUUGUCAAAUCAAAGAUUCCUCUCCAAGAAACCCUUUGAUCCACUCAUGAAUGAACAAGAGUUUCAAAGUGAAGGGAUUCAAAGACCUUACCAGUACUUGAGGCUCUACAACCAAAAGCAGAAUCUGGAUCGUUUCAGCUAUAAGGACGGGUCUGUUGUUGGGAACCCAGAUGAUUGUCUUCAUCAUUUUCUUCUAUACUGUGGCAUGGAAGAUCCGUCAUGGGGCGAGUUGAAGAACUUCUCCUGGUUCCUCAAUGUGCAGCUGAAAGACUGUGAGAACUCUGUGUUUUGUGAUCCAGAUGUUCUUGCAGACCAUCUGCCUGAGUUCAAGAGCUUCAUUGUGAGCUUCAUGAUUCUCAUGGCGAGAGAUUUUGCCUCACCAUCUCUAAGCACAUCUGAUGAAAGUCCUGUGUUGCGCACAGGACUUGGUCAGAGUGAAGAGCUUCUUACUCUCCUGACGAUUCGCAAGCGCUGGGAAAUGGAACCUCAUCCAUACAUCUUUUUUAACGCAGACCAUUCCUCGAUGUCUUUCCUCGGUUUUAACAUUCAGCCAUGUCAGAGACGAAACACACUCAAUGCAGUUGAUCCUUCCAGCAAAAAAGUUCUGAUACAGAAUGUAAUGCCACAGAAACUUUAUGAAGGUUUGAAUCGACAAAGGAUAUGUCUGACAGAGAACUUCGAUCGUUUGCCGCGGUCAGACAAAAUCAAAAGGAUUUCUUGUGUUGUUGGUGCACAGAAAGGUAUAACCGACAAGAGCUUUGAUCCAGACCCAACAUACGAGCUCACUGCUGACAACGUGAUGAAAAUGUUGGCUAUACAUAUGAGGUUUCGAUGUGGAAUUCCAGUUGUCAUUAUGGGUGAGACGGGAUGUGGGAAAACCAGACUGGUCCGAUUCCUUUGUACGCUGCAGAAAGAAGACAAACCAGUGGAGAACAUGGUUCUUGUCAAGGUUCAUGGCGGAACAACUGCAGAAAUGAUCUACAGGAAAGUGCGUGAGGCUGAGGAUCUUGCUUUUAAGAACCAGCAAAUGCAUAAGAUAGACACCAUCUUGUUUUUUGACGAAGCCAACACCACAGAUGCCAUUUUUGCCAUUAAGGAGGUCUUGUGUGACCAAACUGUGAAAGGAGAACCUUUGAAGGCACAAAGUGGCUUAAAAAUAAUAGCAGCCUGCAAUCCUUACAGGCAGCAUUCCCCUAAAAUGGUGGAACGUUUGGAGCUGGCAGGGUUGGGGUACAGAGUAAGAGCCGAUGACACUAAAGACCGCUUCGGCAAAGUUCCUCUGAGGCAGCUGGUGUACAGAGUGCAUCCUUUGCCUUCAAGCUUGAUCUCUUUAGUGUGGGACUUUGGUCAGUUAAGUGAUUCAACUGAGCUUUCUUACAUUGAACAGAUUGUUCAAAAGAAAUCAGCUGAUCACAGUUUGCCAGCUGCAUGUAGAGACAUUAUUUCUGCAGUGCUGGCAGCCUCCCAGAAAUACAUGAGAAGUCGGAAAGAUGAGUGCAGCUUUGUGAGUCUCAGAGAUGUCGAGCGGUCUAUGAAAGUACUGGUUUGGUUUUACCAGCAUAGCAUGGACCUAUUCUACAACUGCAACCAUCUCAGUGAAGAUUACAAAGUGCUGAAGUGCUUGAUUCUUGCUGUUGGAGUGUCCUACUAUCCAUCUCUGGUGGCAAAAGAAGAGUACCUGGGGAAAAUCUGUGUUCACUUUCCUCACCCUCUCAACUCAGCAGCAGCAUUGCAGGCAGAAAUUUCCUCCUGUCAAGAAAUCUUCCUUCAGAACAUUCAGACAAGGGAAACCAUUGCCAAAAACAUUGCACUAACAGAGAAUGUGUUUCUCAUGGUGGUUUGCAUAGAGCUCAGGAUUCCGCUGUUCCUGGUUGGAAAACCAGGCAGCUCCAAGUCUCUUGCUAAAACAGUUGUAGCUGACGCCAUGCAGGGCCAGAACUCACACUCUGAACUGUUUAGGAAACUCAAGCAGGUUCACAUGGUCUCCUUUCAAUGCAGUCCUCACUCAAGUCCAGAAGGUAUCAUUGGAACAUUCAAAAACUGUGCCCGCUUCCAGAAGGACAAAAAUAUGGAAGAGUAUGUGUCUGUGGUGGUUCUCGAUGAGAUCGGGCUUGCAGAGGAUUCUCCUCAGAUGCCUCUGAAAACUCUUCAUCCUCUUUUGGAAGAUGGAUGCAUUGACAAUGACAAGCCAGACCCUCACCUGAAGGUUGGGUUUGUCGGCAUUUCCAACUGGGCUCUUGACCCAGCAAAGAUGAACAGAGGAAUAUUUGUGUCCAGAUGGGAUCCCAGUGAGGAUGAGCUUGUGCAUACCGCCCAAGGAAUCUGUUCAUCCGUCAAUCAGAUUCUCUUGAAAAUCAAACACCUUUUUCCAUAUUUGGCAAAAGCCUUUUUGAACAUCUGCAAGGAAACUUCCAAAAAUCAGUUCUUCGGUCUGAGAGAUUAUUACAGCCUCAUCAAAAUGCUCUUUGCAACAGCCAAAGUCACACAGCAGGAGCCUGAUGGAGAGCAGUUGGUAGAGGCCAUCUUGCGUAACUUCAGUGGACAGCCGAAGGGUUUUGACUCUGUCGAGUUUUUUCAAGAAGUUCUCCAAGAUAUUCAUGAAAUUCCCAGACCGAGCACUCUCGACAUGGUGAAAAAGAACCUGGAUCAUGAGUCCAACGAAGAGAGCAGAUACCUCCUCUUAUUGACCACCAACAAUGCUGCUCUUCAUAUCCUUCAGCAGCAAGUCUUUGCAAAAAGUGACUCUUCACCUCCUGAAAUCAUCUUUGGUUCAGGAUUCCCGAAGGACCAGGAAUAUGGUCAUAUAUGUCGUAACGUUAACCGUGUGAAAACAUGCAUGGAGACCGGACGCCACGUCAUUCUCCUCAACAUGCAGAACCUCUAUGAAAGCCUGUAUGAUGCUCUGAACCAGUACUACGUCUACCUUAGUAAUCAACAGUAUGUCGAUCUUGGUCUGGGCUCCCACAGAGUCAAAUGUCGUGUUCAUAUAAACUUCAGAUUGGUUGUGAUUGAAGAUCAGAAGAAGGUUUAUGAGCACUUCCCAGUUCCCCUCAUCAACAGGUUGGAAAAACACAGAGUGGAUCGCAGUACUGAUCUGGAGUUAUGGCAGCACAGAGUUCUCGACAAACUGAGAGGUUGGCUGCAGGGUUUCUCUGGUGAGACCAAUCAGGAUUUCAAGCUGUCUGACAUUUUUAUUGGCUUCCAUGAUGAUGCCUGUGCCAGUGCAUUGUUGCAGGCAUUGGAGGAGAGAAAACAAAAAGGUCUGAAGUAUGAAUCAGGACUGCAUCAGCAGGAAAACAUAAGACCAUUUCAGUCAGACAAAAAGGAGCAAACGAUCGACAUGGAGGCUGACCAGUUUGUCGAUGCAAUGGACUCAGAGCAAGAAGGUGAAAUGGAGGAAAUAAGAAAUAAAGCUGGAAGACAGAAGCUAGAAAAUGAAGAGAUGAUGGAGACAGAGAGUUACGCAUUAUCUUCUGAGCUAAAGAAAGAGGACGAUGUCCUUGAAUUAGCCAAAAGUCUGUUGCUGAACUGUGCAACUCCUGAUGCUGUGGUGAGACUCAAAUACUCCGACCUGUCAACUCAAGAAAAGGAAAAACUCCAAAAACUAUACUUCCAGCAGCAUCACCAUUCACUUCGAGAUUUUUUGGAAUACUCCAUGAGCAGAUAUGAGGGCUGUUGCAGGUUUCUGGAGAUCACUACGUUCUCCAGCUUGUUAACCAGGUCAGAUGUGAGGGAGAUGGCCCAUGCUCUUGGACUCCAUACUGACAGAUUUAUGCUGCUGUCACUUCACCAGUUUGACACAGAGGUCUCCUUCUGCAACAAAAUAAGGAGCUUUCUACAUGAUGCUGGACACUCUCUUCACCUCCUGCUCAUUCAGAUGGACCUUGAAGAAUCCCAUUGCAGCGAUGAGCUUCUUGCAUCUGCAAAGUACUGUACGAUGAAUUACGUGACUUCACUGGAGGAUCAGAUCUGCUGGGUGAUUUUCAUCAUCAAAGCGUCCAGGAUUCCCAGUCAGUCAAGAUACAUCAGCUUCCAAGGAGGUGUCUGGAAUUCAGCGCACAUCGAUGACCUGAGGGAUUCAGAAGACAUGAGUCUGAACCUGUUGGACUUGUGUGGGACUCUCAUGAGCAGCCUGCUGAAGCCUGCACUGCCAGAAAAUCCAACUGAAGCCAUGAAAAAAAGAAAAGAGUCAAAAGAAGUCAGAAGUACAGACAGAGCACACCUCCACUCCCUGUCCUUAGUGAGGUCAUGUGUGCAGAAAGCUGUGGGUUUGCUGAGGGACGCGGACAACAUGCCAUCAAGAAGUAUGCAGAGGAUGCACAUCCUUCUGAGUCUAUUGAAGAGCCAGCAGGAACACCUUGGAGAGCUGUCGCGCUGCAAAACUCUGCUAUGUGUUGGAGUGCGCUUCCAAAGUGCGCUUUUAAACAGACUGGCUGAGGCUUUGGAGCAGCGGGAGGAGCUGAUGGGAGCUCCUAAGGAUUGGGUCAGCACAGAGGCCAAAAAACGGCAAGCCCUGCAGGAGGGGGGCACUCUGAGACAUACUCUGUGGCGCUGCCUUCAGUCCUCUGUGAUACCACACUUGGCCAGCAUGCUGGAGGUUCUGGAUAGAUAUUCAAACCUGGAGCUGCUCUCCAACAGCGGGCUCAACAUCAGCCUCCUGCACCUGUGGGUGGACAUCCUGGCAGAUUCACAAAUCCUCCACCUCUCUCCUCUUAAAAGCUCAAGUGAGUCAGACCAGGAGGUGUUGGUGCAACACUGCUUCAUCGUGGAUGAGGAGGAACUGCCAUGUUUGGCCCCCUUCAGCUGGCUCAUCAAACUGCACCUUGAAAGCUUGUGGGAAGAAUCUGAAUUCAUGCCAGUGACAAAAAAAGGUUGCGCAGAGAGGAUUGUCCAGCUCGUGAGCGCCUUCAACAGCAGCAGGCUGGGCUUCCUCCUGCAGAAGCUCUCAGAGGCGGACAGAACGGAGCACGGCCUCCUCUACCUGCAGGACUUCCUGUUGCUGUCCCUGAAGAUUAAGUCAAGAGAUGAGCUGAAGGUGUUCUCCAGAGCCGUUCAAAGGCUGGUGUUUGAGCUGCAGGCCUCCAUGGGAGUCUCUGCUGAACUCUCUCCUCCGUGGAUAACAGCUGCUGCAAAGUUCUUUGCUGCCAGAAUGGACACACUAAGCCACAUCUUCCUGCUGCAGCCACACUUAGCUGCUGAUGUUCUUCAACAAUGCUGUAGGAGGACGCAACCACAGGCGAUACUGGAGGACAUUUUAGCUCUGGGCAUCUGUGCAGAGCAAAGCAAACUGCUGACUGUGGAUUCCCUUCAGCAGUGUGAGUUCUUUGUGAGCAGAGUGCAGCUGCUGCAGCCGUGCCUGGACAGAGCUUUGGGGCAGAAAUACACUGAGCACUGCAGUGCUGCUGAUCUGCAGCAUCUGGGUUCCAUCAGGUCUCUGUGGCACUGGAUGCUGAUUGUUGCAUCUUUCAUUGAGCACGUCAUUUUUAAAAUUGAGCAAGAGGACUCAAGGUUGAUAGAACGAGCUAUCAAACACUGCAACCUUCUUCUGAAACUGAUGCAGGAAUUGUCUGAUGUGAGAAGCGUGGCCACGCUGUCGCAGCUGAUCCGCAUCCUCAACUCUUUUCAUGACGAGUGUAUCAGCAGGGAUCUCAGGUUUGGCAUUUCUUGCCCCGUUUGCCUGCUGGAGCUCAGGGAGCCGUCACUUUUGCCCUGCCAGCAUGUGGUCUGCCUGUCCUGUCUGCAGAGCUGCAUCCAGCAGCACCGGCACCACUGCCCCAAGUGUAGAAAGGAGCUGCAGAAGGACUUCACGCCAACUGUUUCUCAUGCAAUCAAGGCCGCACUGGAGCAGCAGGCAGCCAUCAGGGGCCGCUGUAACUCCUUCUUCUUGGAGGUGGUGUCCAGCUUCUGCCUGUCAGAGGGCCAGAGGCCUGAAGAGGGCAUGGUGGAGCUGCUCUUCUCCUUACUGGUCUCUGCCAAUGGAGAUGUGUACCGCACCAGAAAGCUCACUCCCUUUCUGGAGUGUGUUGAUAACAGCCCGGUCGUCCGAUCUGUGCUGCCAAAGCUGCUGCUGCAGUACAGUUUUGACGAGGUGAAGACCCACAUUCAGAGCUUCCUGAGGAAUCUGGAGGAGAAUCUUCUAGACGAAGGAGAUCGCACUGAACUUUACCUGCUCUUUGUCAACUGCUUCCAGGACUCUCUGUUGUGUUCAAGAGAGAAUGGAGAACAGUCUGCAGAUAUCGGAUUCCUGGGCAGGUUUACCAGGAAGCAAACUUCCGACAGACAAGAGGAUCCUGCAGAGUUCCUGCUCAACAUCACAAGACUGAGAAUCUGCCUGAGUGCUGCAGCAAAGCAGCUGCAGAGAGCUGCAGUUCAAGAUGUACAGAUGGAGGAUGCCCCGCUGCUGCAGCAGGUGAGGGCCGUGUGCGAGUACGGUGGCAACGACUGGGUCCGGAUCUACCUGCUGCGAGCCCUUCACAGGCUCUCCAGCAUGGACUGCAUACUUUCCCUGAUGAACAGCUCAGUCUACAGGUGGAUCUUCCCUGCAGAGCUACUGCGAAUGCAGAGGAUGAUUCCAACAUCAGUCGAUCACUUCCUGUGCUGUGGGAUGCUCUAUAGAGAGAUCAAAGAGGCUGUGGCCCAGGCUGUCCUGGAGAACCGGUCCGACACAUUUGUGGCAAAGCUGCAGAAGCUGAGGAGCUCUCAGGUGGGCCUUGUGGUUCUGGCAUUGUACCGAUGCGUCACCUGCCGCUACAGAUCACCUGAUCCUGAUCUAUGGCCCUCCUCACAGGAAAAGGAACACCUGGAAGUUCUUCUCAGAAACCUCCCGUCUAGAGACUUCCAGGACUUCUGCUCGUCUCUUCUUUCCAAUCACAUUGGUGGUCCAUCCUCCCGUCUCCACAUCAGUUUGAAUCUUCCCCCACAGAGACAAACAGUCAUGGAGUUGCUGGUCCAUCUGGGCUCCGUGCUUCUGUGUGGAAACCCUCUGCUCCUUCCUCUUUAUGAGAUCGCUUUCCAGCCUGCAAACGCCACAAAUUAUUUCCUCCCGACCAUGCCGGACGAUCAUUCCAGCGAAGCCCGACAGUGGCUGAAGGGAGAGCGACUGCUUGCAUACACUUGUCCCAAAGGACAUGUGUGCUUUGUUGGAGAGUGUGGUAAGCCGAUGGAGAGAUCCAGAUGCCUUGAAUGUGGGCUUCCUAUUGGAGGAGAGAGACACGUCCCUGUUGCUGGCUUCGUUCAACAACACCAGAUCCAGAGGGAUCAGACCAGGACGGGACACAUUCUCGGGGUGGCUCAUCGGCGGUCUGAGGCUCCUGAGAGACAGCUGACCUCCGCUCAGGCCUGCAUCCUGCGGCUGCUGACGCACCUCGCCAUCCUUCAAGGCGCUAUCAAAGACCUGAGAAAAGUUGGAGACAUGAUCCACCCGAGACCUGACGAUGUUCUCAGCUUCCUGUGGGACCACCUUAAAGAAGACAUUGAGAAGCUGAGCCAGACUCUGGACCUUAACAUGGAUGACACUGCAGUUACAGUUCAUUUGAUCCUGAGCAGAUGCCCUGCUGGUCUCCAGGGUGCCAGACCUGACCUGUCCUCCAGACAGGGGCGGCAGCAGUGGGAGGAGCUGUUCUGUGUCUCUGCUAUCAAGCCAGUGCUCCAAGAUCUGAGGAAAAACUUGAGCAAAGCUCAAGAUAGCAUUGGCGCUGAUGAUCGCCUCGGUGGAAGUCCCCUGAUGACAGUACUCUUCGGGGAUCCGGGGAGGAUGCUGGCGCUCCCAUCUAGCUGCCCGACACACCGUUCAUCUUUCUGGAGUCUGCGGGAGACGAUGACGGUGGAGCGCUUCUCACAGAGGGUGGGAGAGACCCAGGGCCAUGUGUCUCUACCCUUACUGUGCUUGUUCCUGAAGAAGAUACAGUGCGUGAGGCAGUUACAUCACCUGCCUGACCUGGCCACGCUACAGAUUGACUUGCAGCGGGUGGCUCACCUGACAUGGGACGUCACAUCUCAGACAAUUGCACAGGUUUUACAGCAGAUCCCUGCAGGGUACCAGAGGAAGACGCUCACAGACAGAGUGGACAGAUUCAUCACAGUGUGGAAUUGUCUCAGAGUGGAGCUGGCUAACAAUUCAGUGGAUUUAGGGGUGGACGUCAACCUGUGCCAUAAAGAGGUGACAACGGAAAGUUCCGGGGAGUACUUGAUACCACGUCGACAUGGACCUGGUUCGUGUCUCCAGACUUUGAUCGACCUCUUGUCUGAGACUCACAACAGCCUGGUGAGAGAGGUCAGGAGGACGAGCCACACCGAGGACAGUGAGUUCAGCGUCCCUUUGGAGAGGAUUUCAGAGACCCAGCUAACGCUGUGCCACCCUGAGCAGGAGCUCUUGCCGCUUGUUUUAGCAAACUGUAACUACAGUCUGGAAAAAGGCGGAGAGACGGGCUGCAGCUAUGACCUGCUGCGCAUCCAGACUCAGCUGUGCCGGCGCUUCUUGGCUGGAAAGCCUCUCAUCCAGACAGACACCUCCAAGUAUGUCAACCGGCACCUGCAGGACUUCUCAUUGGUUCUCAGUGAAGUCAGAGCAAAGAUCUGCCAGAAAGCUCUGAAGGGCUCGGUGAGCAGCACCAUGACCACGGUGCUGCGCUCCUACACGGAUGUUUGUGACGCCUUGUUUGUGUUGGAGAUUGGCCUUCGCUUCCUGGGAAAGACAGGCGGUGACCCCCAGGCUCAACUCUUGUCCUACCUUACUGACUCACUGCACAUGCGGCCCCAGAUUUCAAGCACUGUAGCCAAGGGUAUUGGAGAGAGCAAAUUAGAACACAGCAUCUUUACCUGGCAACUUCUGACUUGUUGGAAAUCUGAGCUGAUGCUUAAGAGGCAGCAGGACCCAUUUCAAAAGCUUCCCCCAGAGUUUCAGCAGAAGCUUUCCAAGGAUGAGAGGAAGGAGUUGAAUGCUUUCCUGGCUGUCACAGAUGUUGACACUUUCAUUUUGGAGCUGCAUGAAAUCCUCCUCUUGAAGACAGAUGCUGCUGACCGGGGUUACCAGUCACACUGGGACAUCAGGAUCACGUUAGAGAGCCACCUGGAGCAGAAAGGCUCUCCACCUGUGCUGGGGCUGGAGGCUCUGUCAGAGGAGCUCACGCUGGGCCAAGGAGCGGAUGUGUGGAGAGCUGCUGUGGAGUUUCAAAUGAAGUAGACAGAAAUGAAGCCAUUCCAAAUGAUUCAACGUUUAACAAGCUCCUCUUGAGCACAUAUUUUAUUAAUCACAUAUUUUGUAAACUCUUUUGCUUGUAAAUGUGUUGUUCGUUUGGUGUUCUGAAUCCACCCAAUAAAUGAUCAAACCAAG